UGUAUCUUGGAGGCUCGUUCGCAAGGGAGAGGGCAAAUGGCACUUGCGAUAGGUCGGGCGAGCGGUGGGGUUCCACAAUCUCAGCGCAGUUCGCCUUUGCUGCCGCCUCGUUUAUUUCAAACAGACACCGGCUCUACUGCGGUCCACACUUCUUUUUCAACCAGGCAAGCGCUCUUACGAACCGGCAACCACAUCAACAACAAAAUACCCUAAAAAUGACGCUGUCACCACCAGAAAAAGGUCCAGAGAAGGAACAGGGGGUCCAGCUGAGCUUGCUGGAAGCUGGUGAAGCCGAAGGAGGAAACACCAACGGCCUCCAGAAUGGAUCUUCUACCCCUUACAACCCUCACCAACACCGACAACAUGUACAUCCAACCUCGAACAAAGAAACGUUGAUUCAUCUGCUGAAGGGCAGUUUGGGUACCGGAAUUUUGGCCAUGCCGAUCGCCUUCCACAACGCUGGUCUCAUACUUGGACUCAUCGGAACAGUUUUCAUCGGGUCACUCUGCACAUAUUGUCUCCACGUUCUUGUCCGCUGUCAGUACAAAUUAUGUUGCCAAUUGAGGGUUCCUGUGUUAAGUUACCCCAUGACCCUCCAAGUAGCCCUAGAGCAGGGUCCACCCUUCUUGAGAUGGGGUGCGCCUUUCGCCAAGCAUCUCAUUAACUUUUUCCUCAUUGUGUAUCAGCUCGGAAUCUGCUGUGUUUACAUAGUCUUUGUUGCCUCCAACAUUAAAGAGGUUGUUGACGUGUACUGGGUACCAGAGCACGAUGUGAGGUGGUACAUGCUCGCGCUCUUGUUGCCACUGAUCUUGCUAAAUUACGUGCGCAACUUGAAGUUGCUCGCGCCGUUCUCCACAGUAGCUAAUUUGCUUACUUUUGUGGGGCUGGGACUCGUUCUUUACUUUGUUUUUGCUGAAGGUCUACCCGGACUUGAAGAUAGGAAACUCGUCGGCUCAAUUCAAGGAAUCCCAUUGUUCAUCGGCACCACUCUUUUUGCCCUCGAGGCGGUCGGCGUUAUUUUGGCCCUGGAGAAUAAUAUGAAGAAACCGGCCUCAUUCGGCGGCUACACUGGCGUUUUCAACCAGGCAAUGUUUGUCAUUGUUUCUCUGUAUGUCGCUGUUGGAGCGUGCGGCUAUUUAAAGUAUGGUUCCGACGUUCAGGGCAGCAUUACCCUUAAUUUGCCCAAUGAUAAUGUAUUGGCGCAAGUUGUGAAGGUAAUGUUUUCGGUGGCUAUCUUCAUCACCUACGCCCUGCAGUGCUACGUGCCAGUGGACAUUAUCUGGAAUAACUACUUGAGACAGAAGUACGAGAAAAGCUCCAACAAGCUGCUGAUUGAGCUAGGUGUCCGGACCAUUCUAGUUUUAAUUACUUUCUUGCUUGCUGUUGCCGUUCCAAGGCUGGAGUUGUUCAUCUCCCUGUUUGGAGCUCUGUGCCUUUCUGCCCUAGGCCUGUGCUUCCCAGCGUUGAUUGAGCUUUGCGUCGAGUGGAAAAACAGCCCUGGUCCCUUCCUGCUGCUGAAAGACUUGGUGAUUUUCAUUUUCAGUUUGGUGGCGCUGAUCAUCGGCACCAGCAUCAGUCUUUCCGAAAUUGUCCACUCUUUCCAAUGAGCAUUGAAAGUUCAAAGAAAGUAGUUUGUUCAAAACCAAAUUAUUAUGUUAUACCUCAAAUAUUCAUUGAUUUGAUCAAAUUAAUUGUAUUUCACUGUAAAUCAUCUGAAUGCUCUCUGAUGUACAUUUCUUCUCAUAUGUGUCAUAUAUUAUAUAAAAAAAUGCCGCCUAUAAUCUCGUGUCUGCUCCCUCUGUGAAGGCGUCACCCAAGGUUCAAGUAUUUUAAUAUGAUUCUUAAAAAUUUUCUAUGUCUCAAAACCCUAUGUAAUCUUAAUCUCUUUGAUAAUUAUGGGCUGUUGACGGCCAAAUUUUAUUAUAUAAUUUUAACUAAUUAAUGUAAUUGGAUGCUUGUUCUUCUACAAUAUGUGUAAAAUUCGCCUUAACAAGUCUUAUCUUUGAGAUGAGUAAAAUACUCAAUUGUUAAUUUUAAUUGUGUGUGUUUGAACACAGAGAUUUUUUAUUUCAGUAAAAAUAAAAAAACGUACGCACAAUUUU